AUGUCCUCACCAGCAAUAAAAGACACAGCAUCGAGAAAUAUCUCGGCGGACGAAAUCCAAAUGAAUACAGCCUCGACGAACAAGAUGACGAAAUCCGAUGCCUGGAUCGAUUUUACCUCGAUGGAGCUCCAACAAUUACAUGCUAGUCAACAGGAAGCAAUGAAGAAAAUUAAUGAGUUUUCCGGUGAAUCUGAGGAAUCGGACAUUGAUGAAUGGUUAUAUGAUUUAACGAAUUUAUUCUCGCUGGUGAAGUUACAAGACGAAACAAAAGUGCUGAUGGCGAUGGGAAAACUUACGGGAUCAGCCUUACGAUGGUAUCAAGAAAAUCUAACAUCAUUCGACAGUUGGAAAGAAGCCGAAGAUGCAUUACAUAAUCGGUUCCGGACAUCAGCGUCGAUUGGCCAGCUGAUACAAGAAUUUUUCCAACUUCGACAAGAAGGAGAACAAUCGGUAACAUCGUUCUACGACACAGUCAUACGGAAAUAUCGACAACUCGGCAAAUCAAUCACCGGGAACCAAAUUAUCACAGUAUUGCAAGCCGGCGUGAAACGUUCACUGAAAGAACAUCUAUUCCGUAAUGAAGUGAACAUGUCGAGACCGGACGAAUGGCUGAUAUGGGUGAGAGAUGACGAACGGGUGCAGCGACGAAUUCAACAACGCAUUACGCCACCACGAGCAGAAACACAUAAACCAUACUUCGAACCAACGUUACCGACAGCAGCCAUCCAACAACAAUCGUCAGCGAAUCCACCAUCAGGCAAUCAUACACGGAGAUCAUACCGUCGAUAUGAAAAUCGAACACAUACUGGUGGAAAUACGCGAGCAUAUGAACACGACAGUCGAAAUCAGAAUAAUAACCAGUAUCAACGUCAACAAACUAACUCCAAACAAGCCACACGCAAACCCCGACCAUGUCUCGUAUGCAAUCGGACCAACCAUUCAACUAUGGAAUGUUUUCAUAAGAAGAAAGACGGCUGUUUCAAAUGUGGACAAUCGAGUCAUCGAAUACGUGACUGUCCACAACAUCAUUUUUUCGAAUAA